AUGGAGUGUCUACCAGAUAUCCCUCUAUUAAAAUUUCAUCCUGAUACACUGCAAUAUGUCAGGGAAACUUAUAAUUUGGCUCAGCCAGGAGCCAUGGAUGAAGCUGUCGAUAUUCUUGAGUUGUGGGUGCUGAAGCAGCAACAUUUCACUAAGAAGGAUUUCAAUCGUGACUAUUUAGAAAGAACGAUAAUAAGAGCAAAAGGCUCAGUAGAACGUGCGAAAGAACGUAUCGACAAAAUAUGUACCUCAAGAACACAAGUACCGCAGUUCUUCACAGAUUUAGACCCCAGGACUCCUCUUCUUGCAGAAGCACAAGAUGCUUUUCUGCCAAAGUUAACGAAAGACAACUAUAGAAUUUAUCUUAUAAAUAACAAUGUAAAAGAUUUUGGCCCAGAAGUUCACGAAGCAUUUUACAAGCGUUUCUUUUCUAUGUGGGAAUAUAUCUGCGCAUACGAUUAUCCGUGUGGAAUAAUAAUUAUUUUGGACUUUCGACCAACGAAUCUCUUUGAGUUUACUAAAUAUUUGAACAUAGCUGAUUUGGGGCACGUAUUUAAUCUUAUAUUUACUGGUUAUGGGUUCAGGCUAAAAGGCAUGUAUAUGAUGACAACUUCCAAGCUCGUGGAUUCGGUACUGAAAAUUUUUAAACAAGUGGUAAAUAAGAAAAUUGCCGACCGUAUCCAAUCCAUAAAAAACCUGGAAGAGUUAUACGAUUACGUCGAUAGAGAUAUUUUACCAGAAGAGUAUGGUGGUAAAGAAGUAUCAAUAACCGAACUACAUAAAAAAUGGAUUGAUGCACUCGACUCAAAGGAGUUUAAUGCACAUAUUACGAAUAUGUAUCAAGCAAAAACAAUUGAAGAACUUCGAAUGAAGGAUGGUGGUAAAAGUGAACACUUGGGUAUUCCUGGAACAUUUAGAGCUUUAAAUAUGGACUAA